AUGUCUUCUGCUACAACAUCUAAAAAGCCACAAUCCACUUCGCCCACUUCUCUAUCAUCAAAGUCGAACAAGGAGCACCCCGACUCCGAUACUAGCACCAAGCAAAGUGAUUCGAAAAGAAUAACAAAAGAAGAGCUGGACAAGAUGUUCCGUGAUGCUGCGGAAGAGUGCGCUAAGACGACUCACGAAGAGGCACUCAAGAAACACCCAUGGCUAAAAUACUACAUGAAAGCCACUCCAACCACUGCUGAUCAGGUGCCGGAUCUUUGGGACGAAAUUUGA